ACAUAAUCUUACACAUUCAGAUGAUUAUAUUGGAAUAGUCAACAUAGAAAUAUAUACAGUGUGAAUAGGAUCGAACCAUACAAAUUAUAUUGCUUGUUUUAUCAUUUUAUUGACCAUGUAGCUAUUUUAGUUAUGUGUAAAAUGACGGAUCUGCUAAAUUUACUAUACGGAGACUUGAUUUAUCCAACCACUUUAAAUGUGCGCAAUCAUCAUCAUUAUGUCCAAGUACGUAGCGACAAGGUGACUGUUGAUUUUACUGGAAAGGGUAAAUACUGCGAUCCAGCUAGUGUUCAAGCCGAGAGACCGGCUCCUAGUGACUGCGUUUUAUACUACUAUGAAGCUACCGUAUUACAAAGUGAUAAACCUGCCAAGGUAGUUGUUGGUUUUUCUGAACGUAAUACACGUAUGAAUCGACUUCCUGGGGAGGAGGAUGGUACGGUGGGUUAUCGUGGACAAUAUGGCGAUUUUUCCAAUGGAAAGUGUAAAUGGGAGAGCUAUGGUUCAUCAUACCAGAUGGGCGAUGUUAUUGGAUGUGGUAUCAACUACAUAAACCAGUGUUACUUUUUCACACGUAAUGGAGUGUAUCAAGGUGAUGCUGGUAAACUCUGCCACAAUGAGAAUUUCCCAACUAUUGGAUUAAACCAACAUAUGGAUGCCGUUAAAUGCAACUUUGAAGGUCCUUUUGUAUUUGAUAUUCUAGGUGAGUAUCGGCGCAUUGUUGCUCGAGAGAGGCGUGAAAUUAAUCAGCAGAAGAUAGACUCUGUAUCUUUAGAUGAUAUUGUCCAAUUGUAUCUUUUACAUGGAGGAUACUUAAAGAGUUUGGAGUCGUUCAAGAAGGAGCGGAAUUCAAAAUGUAAUAUGGAAGGUUCUUCCUCUAAGGCUUCCUCAUCACCAGAGCACACUAUAGAUUCUAACGAACCAUUUCACGAUACAAAACCGGAAGAAUUUAUAGACAGCCAACGCAAAAACAUUGCCCCUUUUUAUAUAUCCGAUGAAGCUAUUGAACGCUUAGAAUCUAGCCUUAACUUACGCCACCAUUUACGACAAUUGAUUACAUCUGGUGACACCGCCGAAGCAUUGAAAUUAUUGAACCAAUCGUUUCCCAAUAUUAAUAAAUCGUCAUUCAGUUAUUGUCGCCUAAUACAUCAACACUUUUUAGAGACAGUGCUUAAGGGACAUGUAUCUGAAGCAAUACAGUGGCUUAGGGAAACGUAUGAUUUCAACCUUAACAAUAAGCCGCGUUUCAAAAAGAUGUUUGAGGAAACCGCCUCUAUACUAUGUCAUCGGGAGCACAACAGCCACAGCGUCCGUGAUAAAUACAGCGGUAGUCGGCUCGUGUCAGUAGCUGAUGCUAUUAACAACAUUGCUACUGGUGACGACUCUAAUCGCAACUCCUUAAAGGUUUUGGUCCACUAUGUUAACCUCGGCCGUCGUCUUAUGAGAUUAAAAAGGGGAAAUACUGGUCCCACUUAUUCAAUUCCGUAUAUUUGUGAACCAUUAGUGGAUAAACUAUAGUUGUUUCUUCACUUUAAAUCUAUCGUUGGCGAUAUACUUUUCCAAUAGUUCUCUACUCACGUCCUUGCCAUCGGUUUCAAUCUUUGGUGCAAAUGACACAGAUUGGAAUGAUACCAUCCGCCCGUCUUCACCUUUUUCGAAUCUUUUCUGUUAAUGGUGAAAUAAUGGCAAAAACAAC